GAGCGUCAACGACGCGUCUGGUACAUCCCCGCUAAAAACCUUACCGUUGGACGCUUCGGUGUGGAGACAGGUGAGUCAAAUCCCAUAUUAUGAGAAUUAAAAAACAAUCUAAAAGCUAUGAAAGUAUGUUAUAAAGUUGGAAUCAAGUUUUUCUUUGACUGGGAAAGUUCCAGUGGACCGACUGUGCGUAAAAUGUGAACUUUUUUGUUAUAACAUAUAUUUCUUUACUCCGGUUAUGUCUAUGACAUGAGUAAAUGUUUGAAUUACAUUUGUUGUCAGUUUUUGUUAAUUUCUGACAUUGGGUCAAUGCAAAAAACAUUAGACACAAGGUGCAUGUGCAUUUUGGGCAUUGAAUGCUGGUUUACAGAAUCAUAUUCCUUGUAGUGGGCAGCAUAGCUUUGAAGCAGCUUAAGAGGUCUGAUAAGGAGGGCUGGAAUUGUAAUAGUCAGUGAUAUAAAGUAAUUUCCCAUACCUGGAGGCAUGUGCUGUUAUUAUUCGUAGUGCAUGUUAGCCUAUUGGCAAUCAUUCAUCUCAAGUAUUUUUUGUAAAGUAGCUGCUGUACAUUUUGUUGACCAAAAUAUAUAGAUUUUCAAAGUUCAGAUAAAACCAAAGAUCUAUAAGUGUCUAUAUGCAUAUGGGUAGUGUCUGACUUGGUAAUUUACUGUAGCCUAUGUGGUCAGCUUUUAAUGGUUUAAAAUGAGCAGUUUGGUCAAUUACAUUUACUAAUUAUUGUUAUUCCAAGUUUCAUAGUUUUACUGACAUAAAGAACAAUUAUUCACUGAAAACCUUUUUAUAGACGGUUUAUUGUGUUCUGUACACGCAUGAUGUAAUCGAUUCAAUCAAAUCCUGAAACCAGGUUUCUGGCAAAGGUCAAAAGCAGCAUUUGUCUACCUCAAGCAAAAUAUUGUUUACAAUGGGACACAGAAAGAAACUGGACGUCACAGAAUGCUGUUUUGGACAUAUCCUGUAGUUUAAAUCUGGUAACCCGUUUUAAUUGAAUAGGGCCCUGAGCCCAUGUUGACAUCAUCAGUGCUAAAAAAUACCAUCAUAAUAGUAGCCUACAUUUAGUAGCCUACAUAACGACUGGGCUAUUCAAGGUCAGCCCAAAAACCCUCCCUUGAAACACACAGUACAGUAGGUUGCCCUCAGCCCUGCUACACUUUACUGGUUUGGCCAGCUGCCAAGCCAAAUGUAUGAUGUCAUUUUCUUCUAGCAGCAGCAGCCUCAGAACACCUUGGGAGGCCCCUCCUCCUCUACUGUGACUGGCUCUCAUUGUACCAAUGACAUCACCAUUUUAGGCAAUAAAAUACUGAACAAUGUUCUCUUUGGGUUGGGUUUAGUGCCCAUAUCUUUUCAUAAUAUGGUAGAUACAUUAUCUGGUACUUUACAGUACAUUCCUUGUCUCUAACCAGACUAAUUGAUUCAGUUCUGUUCGUUCAUAAUGUGAGCAUUUGUGCCUUCAUGAAGAAUUUGUUCAUGCAAAGUUGAGUCAUAUCAGCCUGACACACCAGCAAUAGCAGCAGGACCCAAUGUUCACAGACAGGGUGCCCAUUGGAACACAUUGUGACAAUGAUGAUGUUAGAUCAGUGGGCUCAGUUACUGGAGGACCUUGUGUUUCCUGUAUGGCCCCCAUCAGUUACUGGAGGGCCUUGUGUUUCCUGUAUGGCCCCCAUCAGUUACUGGAGGGCCUUGUGUUUCCUGUAUGGCCCCCAUCAGUUACUGGAGGGCCUUGUGUUUCCUGUAUGGCCCACAUCAGUUACUGCAGAGCCCAAGAAGACAGCCUCUGAAGCAUCAGUGUCCUCUGUUUAUUCUAGUACAGACAAUCUUCAUUCAUCUUAGUAAAUGGAGCAAGUCUUAGUGCCUCAGAGCAGUAGCCCUCGUCUCUCCAUCCUCACUGUGUGUGUGUGUGUGUGUGUGUGUGUGUGAGUAGGACAGAGGGAGGGAGGGAUAGCGAGGGAGUGUAGAUGAGUAGAGGAUAUGAAACAAUGAUACAGCAUGCUCCCUUCCAGCUGACUGCUGAGAAGAUCCUAAUUAGGCAAUGUAGUAUGUCUGACUGACUGGCUGGCUGGCUGUGAGGGUGGGUGGGUAGCAUUCUCAGAACUGUACCUCUCUGCCUUACCCCUCUCCUCAUCCACACCUCUCUCUGUUAUUGUGAGAGAGAGAGAGAGAGAGAGAGAGAGAGAGAGAGAGAGAGAGAGAGAGAGAGAGAGAGAGAGAGAGAGAGAGAGAGAGAGAGAGAGAGGAGAGAGAGAGAGAGAGAGAGAGAGAGAGAGAGAGGUAGAGAGAGAGAGGUGGAGAGCGAGGUAGAGAAAGAGAGAGGUAGAGAGAGAGGUAGAGAGAGAGGUAGAGAGAGAGAGGUAGAGAAAGAGAGAGCUCAUAACCCACUCCCAGAUCUGCUCUCCCUCUUUCCCAUUAGUUGUGUGUCACUCUUCAAACCCUAUACUGAUGUAAUCAUACUUCUCCGUCCCAUGAAUUUAACCAUAUUAUGCAACUUGGGGCCUCACCACUUUUUAAGUGCGGUCUGCUGGCUUAUAGGGACGGAUGAAGUCAGUGGGAAAUUCACGCCCAUUGAACAAGUGAGUCUGUCUUUCUUUACGUGCUGUUUCCAUUGUCCUACUGAUCCUAUCUUGUCAACUUGACAUAUAUUGGGGACAGAUUUCUUUAUCCCUAUCCUAUGAACCGAGCAGACUGAGCUAUUGGAGCAGUUGACCUUUUCAGAGUUCCAGAGAGCUGUGAGUCAUGCAGAAGCAAUGGGAGCUUGAAGUGUUGGCCUGCCCACCGUGAAGUCUUUAUCAAUGUGUGUGUGUGUGUGUGUGUGUGUGUGUGUGUCUGAAUUCUACAUCAUGGAAGAACAAGUUUGGGGGCUGUUGAAUGUAAAAACACACACAUACAGUAAUCCUCCCACGUACCCCACCCUGCUGCCCUUGACGUACACACACACACACCUCUGUGCGCGAGUACGAGUCAUUCCUGAAUCGAGUGUUGUGGAUAUUAUGUCCCGUCCGGUUGUGAGAUGUGGAUAUGGAUGUGACAAUGUCAGUUGUUGACAAAAUGGCUGUGGCCUUUCAGCCUCGUGUCCGCUCAGAAAUCACACAUAUUUGACCCUGUCAGUCUACACCUCACAACUCUACCCGCACCUCUGUUGUUGCUAGGUAACGUGUGUUGAUAUACAGUAGUGCUGUGGCUCUCACUGUCUCCCUGUGUGUGGUGGUCAGUCAGUAAUACUUUAGUACUCCUCUGACAGAGAUAAGAUGACCCUAUCACUACCCUGUCCACUGACCAGGACCAGGAACAGAUGGUGACUGAGUCACAACAGAACUCAGAGAGACCAGGACCAGGAGCAGAUGGUGACUGAGUCACAACAGAACUCAGAGAGACACACAGAGGGAACCAUCUGAGAAAUGAACCAUUGGAAAGGCCGGCCUUUUGUUUCUGUCUGGGCUAUAACAACUAUCCAUUAACUCAUUUAUGUAUCAUGAUUAGAGACUGGCAUUUGUUGCCAGAGUACUGGUCCUGGAAAAUCUGUUAUUGACAAGUCAAACACCUACACAAACACCAAAUGAAUAAUGCAUGUUGCCAGUGGACCUCAGUGAUAUAUAUGUCUGUCUCACAGGGAACAGUGCUAUGGUGAUCUUAGGUUGUGUCUGUAUGCUAGUCUGCACAGUAGAAGAGGUGGAGGCAUGUUCUAAUGACCUAGUCAGGACCUAUUCCUGCGUUUGGUCAGGAAGUCCACUCCAGGCGUCCUAUUUAAUCCCCCUGGUAACAUGAGCAAUAAGACUCUGUCUGGUUAGAUAUGUGAUGUUUAUGCCUUAUCCAUCACCACCACCACCACUACAGAACUGCUGCCAGGUUUUCAUCCGAACAGCCUCUUUGAUCUCUCCUAGAGAGAGUAGAGACUGAGGCCACACCCCAGAGAGAGAGGAACACUCCAUCAACACACAUUACAUCUAAUUUGUGUUGGAAAUAGCUUUCCAUGCACUAGAUCUCUGGUUAUAUUGAGACUGUAAAGAGUCCCCAUCUCUGUUGGACAGGCAGACACACUGCAACAUGUAGAUUAGAAAUGGUAUUCCAUUUUCCUACAGUAUGAGUCACAUCUGAAUGGCUAUUGGCUAACCAACCACAUCUUGUACAUCUUGUAGUUAGAAAAGCUCUUUGUGGUUCUGGUGAGGUUUGUUGUUGCUGAUGGAGCCAGGGUGAGUGUGUUGUGCUAUUUCUGUCCUGUAUAGGGCAGGACCUAAGGGACUGACAGGUGGGCAGGUGGGCCCACGUUCCUCUGCUACUGUCUACCAGGAGAAUAGACACAAUCUCAACAGCCGAACCCGCAAACGAGCCUGUCACACCGCUGUCAACAUUACACACACGCAUGAGCACAGGGAUAUGCACGGACAAACGCACAUUCACACACACACAAACACACACACACUGAUUUAUAUUGUUGUACAGUACUAAAACAUAGACAGCUUUAAAGCUUUAAUCAACAAAACAACUGCCUGUUCCAGACAGACGGCGAGAUGAAGGGAGAGAUGGAGGGAGAGAGAGGGAGAGAUGGAGGGAGAGAGAGGGAGAGAUGGAGGGAGAGAGAGAAAUUAAGAGAAUAACUGAUGGAGGCCGUACAAGGCAGAAAGGGGAAUUGUGGGGGAUGAGCGUACAGAUGUAGGAUUUUAAUUUGAUCACCCUGUUGCAGGAUAGAUUUCCUGCAAUGCAGGAAAUGUUAAACUUGUAGUGUGUUUGGGGUUUAAAAAGGCUUCUGAAGUUGGACAUUUCUGAGUUGAUUUUCCCUUACGAAAAACAUAUCAACCCCUACAAAACUGUCCAUUCAUUAUAAUCCACAAAAUAAUUCACAUUUCCUGUUGCUGCAGGAUUAUUUUCCUGCUGUAGCAAACUGGCUCAAAUUAAGAUCCUACAUCUGUACUAAACAGAGAAGAGAAGACAGGACUCUUCCUCAGGGGGCUUUAAGUGGUGUGGUGUGGUGUCCAUGGUGCCUGCCUGAUCAUUAAUGUUUCUCUGUGGGUUUAGUUUGAGGGACAGAUGAUAUAAACAGACCGGCAGUGACUGAAUAAACAUCAGUAAUGGGACAAAUCAAAUCUGCAAUUACGACCAGAUGCCUUAAACAAACAGCCACUGCUUUCUAUUCUCUUCUGUUGGAUCUGUUGUCCCCUGUCUGGCCUGUAAUGUUGUUGUUCUCCUGAUUGAUAUGGGUUUUGUCCCAAAUGGCACCCUAUUCCCUAUAUAGUGCACUGCUUUUGACCAUGGUCCAAAGGGCUUUAGUCAAAUGUAGUGCUCUGUGUAGAGGAUAGGAUGUCAUUUAAGUGCGGAGACAUGGAAAACUCAUUAGGGUAACAACAAACAAAGGGAUCUCUUUACUCUGGUCAUUGACUUGAUGAUGAGUCAUGAUUAUACAGUUCUUGACACACUCUAACUGGUGCGCCUGGCACCUACUACUAUACCCCGUUCAAAGGCACUUCAAUCUUUUGUCUUGCCCAUUCACCCUCUGAAUGGCACACACACAAUCCAUGUCUCAAUUGUCUCAAGGCUUAAAAAUCCUUCUUUAACUUGUCUCCUCCCCUUUAUCUACACUGAUUGAAGUGGAUUUAACAGGUGACAUCAAUAAGGGAUCAUAGCUUUCACCUGGAUUCACCUGGUCAGUCUAUGUCAUGGAAAGAGCAGGUGUUCCUAAUGUUUUGUACACUCAGUGUAUGUGAUCAUAUACAAACGUAAGCAAGGUUUGAAAUUAUUAUGUUUUAGUCAAAUGUUAUAUCUGUUUGGGCUUCUUGCGGUCAAUUUGCAGUCUACAAAUUAUUUGUAAUUAUGUUCCGGCCCCACGACCAUCCGCUCAAGAAAAAAUUGGCCCAUGGCUGAAUCUAGUUGAUGAUCCCUGGUCUGUGGCGUAUAGUUCCCUUGUGUUACAAAUGUCAUCUUCGGUACCUUCAAGGAAAUGUUUUUGUUGAGAGCCACUAAGGUCAUAGAGGUAUUCAACACUGAAAAACAAAGUGCUUGAAAAUAACCUUGGCUGGGAGCGCUUUAGAACAUAGUUUUUAGCACACAUCAUUGAGUUAUGUAAAUACAGACACACACAAACACAUACUGUAGACACACACAGGCACACACAUGCAGACGCAACAUGGGCACGCACGCACGCACGCAUAUUUCCUAAAAAGCCUUCCACCAUGUUCUAAGUGUUUAUGGUAAUAUAAAGUGUUACUAAAUAAACAAACCAUAAAUUAAGGUUUGAUUGACACUCAGCCUGUUUGCACAAUGCCUUUCACUGAGUAAUGAUAUCAACAUGCUGGUCGGUUGCAGUGCUUCACUCUCUCAGCCCUUCUUCGGAUGUUUGAUAUGAACCUAUUCAUGUACUAAAACACAUUCUACACACUAACAAACAAAUAUCAUAGGGGCAGUGGCGGUAUACUAUCUGUUGCCUCUGGUGGUCCUCAUUCCAGACCUUAGGAAUCCCUCUUUGCCCCCCUCCCAUACACUCUAUUAUAUUGAUGCAUAUCCUAAAAUGGAAUGGUUCAUGAUUUGGGUGUGGGGUUAGGGGGUGUGGGGGUUAGGGGGUGUGGGGGUGAGGGGGUGAGAGGGUGAGGGGCAGCUGUGGGCGUGGAUCAGAGGGCGGGUAUAUAUAGCCUAUACCUUGUGGAUCACCCUGUGUGGAUGCAACUCUCUCCUCCGGUCCUUGGUUCUGUCUUUCGCCUCUCCUUACCUGGACCUAAACAUGGCUUACAGACUUUCAGGUAAAGAAAUAGGCUGUUGCAUUGUGAUUGAUGCUUGUCUUGUUCAUGUGAUUUUAUUCCAUUACUGAUACCUAGUGCUGGAAUAGUGGUGGUGGUUUGGGGAGAUUUUCUCAAGUCCGGUCAGAGACACUGACUGGUGGGUUGUGGGAAGUUCGUCUUGGGUCUUGGUUAGAAACAUGGGUUUGUUUAGUGGGUCAGAAUUGAAAAACGUUUGGGAACCUGGAGUACUUUUUCUGAUUAUUGAUACUUUUUUUGGUGGAAGGAAACAAAGGUCUUGUGACAUCACAGAGGGAGAAAAAAGGUCCAUAGAGGUUGAAAGAUUUUUUUUGGGAGAAAAGUGACAGUUUGACCUUUUUCAUGGCAAUGCUAUUUACAGCAGGAUUAAUGCACUUAAUGGAAAUGAAGUCCUUGGGACAGCAUCAUUUAGGCAGUCAGUAGUGAAUCAAAGAUGAUUCAUUCAAUGUUAAUUUGGUACAUUAUGAGUCAGACAGAGGUGUCACAUGGUAGAUACUAACAGUUGAUCUGCCUGACCUCCAUAACUCUCUCUCUGGGAGCCGUUUGGCUUUGAUCUGCCAUCAGUGAGCCAUCAAUGGUGGUGAGAGCCAGGCUCCCUGGCACCAUCCUGGUUCACCACUCACUGUGCUCUUACUCGGACCUUUCCACUGUAGAGUGCUUCCCACCCCAGGGACCAAAGUGGUAUACUCCAACCCCUCCUACAGAACGCUGGUGCAUACCAUUUCUGUUUCUGUGGGGGGAGCUGUGUGAUUGGCGGUAGCUGAAAGGCUUAGCGUUUAAUUACUCUGCCCUUUUAUUAGGCAUCUAGACCCACAAUGGUCACGGUGGCACAGUGGCACCCAUAGUGUCCUCAAAAGUCACUCCUCUGACUGUGGGCCUUGAUCAAAUCAAAUAAAACAUUUAUUUGUCACAUGCGCUGAAUACAAUAGGUGUAGACUUUAUUAUGAAAUGCUUACUUACGAGCCCUUUCCCAACAAUGCAAAGUGAAAAAGUAUGAAAAAUGUGCUAAAUAAGAAAGGAAAUAGUAACACAAUAAAAUUACAAUAACGAGACUAUAUACAAGGAGUACCUGUACGUACCGGUACGGAGUCAAGGUGCAGGGAUAAGAGGUAGUUGAGGUAGGGGUAAAAGUGACUAGGCAAUCAGGAUAGAUAAUAAACAUAGUAGCAGCAGCAUGUGAAGAGUGUGAAAGUGUGUCUAUGUGUGAGUGUGGCGUCAAUAUGUAUGUGUGUGUUUUGUGUGAGCAUAUGUAGUGUGUGUGUAUGUGUGUGUUGGAGUGUCAGUGUAGUAUGUGUGAGUGUGUGGGUAGAGUCCAGUGAGUGUGCAUAGAGCCAGUGCAAGAGAGUCAGUGCAAAAAAAAAAGGGGGUCAAUGCAAAUAGUCCGGGUAACCAUUUGAUUAACUGUUCAGCAGUCUUAUGGCUUGGGGGUAGAAGCUGUUCAGGAGCCUUUCGGUCCCAGACUUGGCGCUCCGGUACCGUUUGCUGUGCGGUAGCAAAGAGAACAGUCUAUAACUUGGUUGACUGGAGUCUUUGACCAUUUUUGGGGCCUUCCUCUGACCACCUGUUAUAGAGGUCCUGGAUGGCAGGGAGCUCGGCCCCAGUGAUGUCCCUGCCACAAGGGCACAGUGCUUACAAACCAGAAUGGAAUGCAUGGUUUACUCAAUUUGAGAUGGAUUCGGGCUUCUGAGACUGUGAUACUUUGCUACCCUACUCCCCCUAAUCUAGCCACUGAUCCAGUCCUGCCAGUUUGAUUCUGAUGGACUGAUCCUGAUUGGCUCGUACCACUGAGAUAAGAAUGGGGGUGACUCACCGGUGACUCAGUAUCGGGGCUUAAGCUAGGCUGCCUCCUUUAUCCCUCUGGCACAGCUGAAGACAGGCCUCUCUCUUUCCCCUGUUCCACCCACCCAUCCAUCCUCACUGGACACUACAGCUGGGAGAGAGCACAUACCACAGCGUCUGAAACUAAUCCUGUUCAGUUCACCACACACCACACACAUCCCCAGACACCUCGAAGAGCACCAAUUGGCUUUUGUAAAUAUUUGCAGUGUUCCCAUGGCUACCAGGAUAUAAUGUCAUUCCCUCAUUAGUAUUUCUCUCCAUCACUCUCAUUUUUAAACCGGAUUAAGAUACUUCUCAACUCUCAUCUGUUGUGUCUCAUAAAUCACAGAUAAUUUCGUUCUGGCUCCCAAACGGCUAACCCCAGCAUAGAGAUCCAGACUGAUUGACCUUUGGUAGUUUUGGCGUAAUUUAGAUGAUCCAGAUGACACAUACGGUCGCUGAAAGGCUGAAAGAGCAUGGUUCAUUCCAGGGAGGCCCUAGAACACAUACACACACACCAAUCUCUUCCAGGAAACAGCUAUGUCUCUGCCCAUUGUGAUGGGAAUGUUGAUGAGAGGAGCAGGGGGACGUUUUUGUUUACACUAAGAGCCAAUGAAACGACACUGCCAAAAAGGUCACAAAGGUGAGAGAGGAGGUGGUUGGAUGGGGUGUGUUGGAGUGAGUGAGACAAGCGCUCUAAAAAUAUGGCCUAAACUUUCCAGAAAAGCCUGAUAAAGUCACCCAGUCCCCGUGGGGCCGAGUCAGACACAGAGUGAUGACUACACGCUAAAGCUCUGUUCAGGACAGGCAGAAAUCUGUGGGCCAUUUUGAGGCAGUCAUUUUCCACUUCCCUCAGCUGUUUGGCAUGCCGGUGCUAAGCCCCUCACCUGGCUGGUUCUGAUUAGAGGACAGGACACUUACUGGGAUGCCAGCUUGAACAUGUCUCUCUUAGCUUGGAUGAUGGAUAGGUUUUUGUGUGUCUGGGUGCCCCAUAGACAGGACCAUGUUUUGUCAAUCAGUACACAUGACAGGCCGUGUGUGUGUGUGUGUGUAUGUGUUAAUGGCAGGUGAGGACUUUGGAAGGCCCAGGGUCAUUACGCAGGGAAGGGUUGCAGAGAGCUGAGGAUCAUAGUAUAAGAAUAUGAUGAAUAUUAAGUAUUACAUAAGUCAUAUAGGUAUUACAUGUCCCUGGAUACUCUCUCGUAGGCUCACAUGGACCUUAUUGAGAUCUAGGGCUCUAUUCAAUCUGUAUCGCAGAAGUCUGUAGUGGUUGACUCAAUCAAAAUGUAACCUACACUGCCUCCCUGUGGUGACUCUGGGACAUCACAUCCAACUAAACUAGAGCCUUGACAGUUUUACAUACUUCCAAUCAAUGAAUCUCUAAUUACAUUUAUUUACUUGUCAAUCAAUUAAUUUGACGAGUUAAUCAUGUAUACAUGACUUGAUCCCCAAUAGUAAAUGUGAUUGUUGUUUGUGUUGGUACAGGGCCGAGGAGCUACGCUACUUCCACAAUGACUGAACGCUUCGACUGUUACUAUUGCCGUGACAACCUGCAUGGGAAGAAGUAUGUUAAGAAGGAAGAGAAGCACGUGUGUACAAAGUGCUUCGACAAGCUCUGUGCCAAUACCUGCGCAGAAUGCCGUCGCCCCAUUGGGGCUGAUGCCAAGGUGGGUAUUGUGUUUGUGUGUGUAGGACUGUCCUUGUGAGUGUGCGUGUUUGUGUGUGCCCUUAAAUGUGUGUAUGUGUGUGUGUUCAGUAGGCUGACUGGCUUCAGUUCAUAUGUGCAGAUUAAGGCCAGUGUUUCUUAUCUGUUCUUCCUCAAUAAGCAGCAACAGUCAGCAUUCAGUCACGGACACAGAUUUUUUAAAAACGUUUUGUGAUUUGUGUAUUGUUGUGAAUUGUUAGAUACUACUGCACUGUUGGAGCUAGGAACACAAGCAUUUCGCUACACCCGCAAUAACAUCUGCUACAUUUGUGUAUGUGACCAAUCAAAUGUGUUUUGAUUUGAUACUUGUCUUAAAGACACUAUAAUUACUAACUAACCCUGUAGGAUCGUUUCACCAUUGCUGUCUACCUCAGACUGCCCGUAUUGGCUGGCAGUCCUUCAUGCUACGCUGCACUCAAAUUCACUUCAUCUCCAAUGCUAAUAAUGCUUUCCAGAUGGACAUAGUCUGUUUUAUGGCAAACCCUUCUGAAUACCGUAGCCUACAAUUGAUUAAGAAAUGAGCCUCAGUUUAAUGAGGUGUGUAUGAAGCUCAUGUGAAUGAAUGUAUCUCACUCCUCACCCUCUCCCCUCCUCCAUGUCCAGGAGCUGAACCAUAAGAACCGCCACUGGCAUGAGGACUGUUUCCGCUGUGCCAAGUGCUACAAGCCCCUGGCCAACGAGCCCUUCAGCGCCAGGGACGACGGCAAGAUCAUGUGUGGCAAGUGUGGCUCCUGCGAGGAUGGCAACCGGUGCCAGGCCUGCUACAAGGUGGUCAUGCCAGGUGUGCUUAACCAUAACCACAAUGCACUUCUUCAUCUGUCCUUAACGUGACCUAGCACUAUGCACGUGGCUGCUGUUUACAUUUUCAAUUCCCACACUGUAUGAAACAGGUGUUUUUAUUGUAAUCUAUUGUAUCUUUGAUUGCCAGGCACCCAGAACGUGGAGUAUAAGAAGAAGGUGUGGCAUGAGGAGUGCUUCACCUGCUUCGAGUGCAAGCAGCCAAUCCGCUCGCAGAGCUUCCUGAACAAGGGCGAUGACAUCUACUGCGGCCCGUGCCAUGAGAAGAAGUUUGCCAAGAAAUGCUUCCACUGCAAGCAGGUGAAAAACAAAAUCUGCCCCUUCACACACCCACAUACAGAAAAACAUAUUUCAUUAUAUUGUGAAUUUUGCCCUUAUAUUGUGACCCUCCCCGUUUACUGUAAAACAAAUUGAACAUCCUCCCCCUCAUAGAAUUAACUCUAAAGUAUGUUUACGACCACACAUAACGAGAACUGUAGUGACCCUGUGUUUAUAAACGUGGAUAUCAACUUUGCCACUUCAACAUGGUUUUGUGGCACAGUCAAUGCCACGUAGGGCUAGGGGCCAGAAGGUUGAUGGUUCACCGACCACCACAGACGAGCUCACACUCCCUGCCUGUUUCAUUACACUACGAUCAAAGCCGGCUGCAGACUAGGGGGAAAUCGGAUUUUCAACAUUUUGAUGCCAUAUUUAUAAUUAUAUAAAAUAUAUGCAACGAAUAUUCCAACAACAGGUUUCUGUGCCAAUGCAACACACAACCAAUAAACAAAGCAAAAAAUAAAAAAUAAUAUAAGAAAAAAAAACAAAAAAAAACAAAGCAUACCGACUUCGGGCACUUCAAUAUCAUGGUUUGCGUUUUCAACACCACAAUAAAUAGACUAUGUCAAUCUCAACAAACAGUGGCCGCUGCACAGUUUGAAUUGACUGAUUGAUUGAUCUUAUUUGUCCGUUUAAAAAAUACAUACAUAUACACAAAUAUUUUAAAAGUGACCGGGAUUGCACAAUAAAGUCAGGGACUUAUUUCCAUUGUGGUCCCUAUUUUUUAAAACAUAAAUACAUAAACAAUUACAUAGAUACAGACACAUUACAUAGAUACAGACACAUUACACAGAUACAGACACAUUACAGAGAUAGACACAUUACAUAGAUACAGACACAUUACAGAGAUACAGACACAUUACAUAGAUACAGACACUAUUAUUAUUAUUAUUAUUACAUUACAGAGAUAGACACAUUACAUAGAUACAGACACAUUACAUAGAUACAGACACAUUACAGAGAUACAGACACAUUACAGAGAUACAGACACAUUACAGAGAUACAGACACAUUACAGAGAUACAGACACAUUACAUAGACACAGACACAUUACAGAGAUACAGACAGAUUACAGAGAUACAGACACAUUACAUAGAUACAGACACAUUACAGAGAUAGACACAGACACAUUACAGAGAUACAGACACAUUACAGAGAUACAGACACAGAUACAGACAUAUUACAUAGAUAGACAUUACAUAGAUACAGACACAUUACAUAGAUACAGACACAUUACAUAGAUACAGACACAUUAUUAUUAUUAUUAUUAUUAUUAUUAUUAUUACUACAUUACAGAGAUACAGACACAUUACAGAGAUAGAGACGAAAGAAUGCUCAACCUUCAGAUGAGUAUGAGGGGGAAGUUUAAGUACAAUUCUUACAAGCUUGUUUGGCUGCUAGCUUAUUCUUUCUUUAUCCUUAGUCUCUUAUCUUUAGAUGUUUGGAGCUGCUGGUGAACAAUGCUGUGCAGGCAUAAGUGCCACUGGACUAGCGCCCUUGCCAGAGUCUUUAGGGUGUCUAUAGCUAGGUUUCCAUCCAAUUGGAGACCGAUUUUCAUGUGAAUAUUCUAAAAUCUUCAUAAAAACAAUAUGCCAUUUCAGAGUUUCCUGUAGGAAAAUUUGGCACCGGACAACAUGACAGGGAAGAUUUUAAUUUACCGGACAGUUUAGAAAUUUUAUGGACAUCCAUAUGCAUUCAGAUCCGACCUGGCGCAGCCAGCGCCAUCAAUAAACAAGGGAUGUUGGCCAAAUGAGCCACAUUUACGUGUCCUUAAAAACAGCCUAUAACAAAUUACAAAAACACAAUUUUUUUGUGUUUCGAUGUGUAGCAUAUGCUAAACUUUACAGCCUAUUUUUUUUUUGGGGGGGGGGGGGGGUUAGGUUACUUUCCUAAAACAAGAAUUGUCCACCUCACGGUUCAGCUGUCAGAAGUUUCAGCACUAAAUGCAUCAGGGCAUUGCAUGCAAAGGCCUAUCUAUGGCUUAGGUGUCUGCUGUAUGAUAUUAAUAUCAUAUACCCCAGAGAGAUAGAGAUAUGCCGGCAGCAUGCUACGACACCAACAUGCAUUUCUUUAUGUCAGAUGGGUACUGCAUCUGCUAUACAGAUAUAGAUGUACACAAGUAAUUUGUAAAUUUUCAAUCCAAAUAUUUUGUAUAAAGAUAAGCAUUAUAUUGUUAGAUUAUAGGAGUAACUCUGGUAGGCCUGAAACAGUCUUCCUCACCUCAAGUUCAACUGUUGGAGUCAGUCUUCAUAUCAUACAUAGGCCUGCAGUAGUUAAAGCUUAAUAAUAACCACACCGUACCAAACCUUUACAAACGUUUCUAAACUUUAUUAGGAUAAUAUCAAAAGUAAGUCAAGCCAUUGUUUAUAGGGAAAAUAUGAGCAGAAGAGGGAAUGUAAACCAGGGAAACCACACAACCCUCCCCAAAGCCAAAAACCCUCCCCUAUUUUGGACCACACCUCCCCCCAGUACAUUUUUAUCUGUCCCUUAUGACAGUGUAAUUACAGUAGACCUAAUUAUAGUAUUCUUAAGGUACAAGUUAAAGGAAAUGCUUUCUGUUUCUCUCCCCUCAGCCCAUCACUUCAGGUGGUAUAAGCUACCAGGACCAGCCAUGGCACUCUGAGUGCUUUGUGUGUCGUACCUGCCGUAAGAGCCUGGCCGGAACCCGCUUCACCUCCCAUGAGGAGCACGUCUACUGUGUGGACUGCUACAAGACCUCCGUUGCCAAGCAGUGCAACGGCUGUAAGAACCCCAUCACAGGUCAGACACCCACACACAUUUUACAUGACCAUGUAUGCCUGAUAUUUAUUGUAUGGACAGACGCUCUGUUUUUAUAUAUAAUAUAAUAUAAUAUGCCAUUUAGCAGACGCUUUUAUCCAAAGCGACUUACAGUCAUGUGUGCAUACAUUUUUAGUUUACAUAUGGUAAAAGAGAUGAUAAAGGAUUUAAUUAUGUGCAGGAUGUGGCAUUGUUGAGAUUAUAUUUUGGCUGUAAACGGCACUGGUCAUCAAAUAUCUGGCCCAAUACUAUGCUGACUGCUGCAAAUACCAUCUCCCAUAAUACAGGGUUUGGCCAUGGGACCAACGUGGUGAACUAUGAGGGCCACUCCUGGCAUGAAUACUGCUUCAACUGCAAGAAAUGCUCCCUCUCCCUGGCCAACAAGCGCUUUGUCAUCAACGGAGAGAACAUCUACUGCCCUGAUUGUGCUAAGAAGCUGUGAGCACAGCCAGCCAGAGGGCCAAACAAGUUAUGUCUGUCAGUCAUGUUUUGAUAGGGCCAGAACAUCAACUAGUGCCAACUAACUCAAGUUGAGCGGUCAAGCCAAGGGUUAAAACUACAGAGAAAGGUCAAUUACCUGAAUUAAUUUGAACAGCAGCUGAAUAUGAAUCUUGUUCCAGUGUUUUGUCAUUGAUGAAUACUAACACACGCCAACUGGUUUGCUUUUGUGGGCCUGCGAUAUGCAAUACUAAAAAGCUUGAACACUGCAUAGCCAUAUUAGGGAAUGCUAUUUUCAGUGCCUUACUGGACCAGUGCUUUGAGAAUACUAAUAUGGCAAUUACAUGUUUCCUGUUGCUUCUUGAAUUAUAUUCUAGCUUUCCUAAAUAAUCAGUCAUGGCAUCUCUGAAGUGAUGUUUGCAGAGGGGUUAUGUAUGAGGGUUGAGACAUAUAACGAACGCUUCAUGUAAUAAUCAGUAUGGACAAAGUAGGUAUUUUUUGUAGGUAUCAAGUGGUGUUAUGAGAUAGUAAUCUAAUCAUGUAGUCAUACUGUAUCUUUUUGAAGUGGAGUGAACGUUUGGGAUGUGAAUGCACAUUA